CGACCAAAUGGAAUCUUAUUUGGAGCAAAAUCGAACGAUUGCUGCUUCAUGUGAAGUGGAACUGGCCGACAAUAGGCUUACAUUAUUGUUUGCUGAAAAUUGUUGUUUCGUUUUCUUUCAAAUUGUCCAAGUUUAUUUUUGUUUAAAUGCGGUAAUUCACCAAAACAUGAUUCAAAUAUUUGUGAUACUUGGACUCAAUAUUGCAUGCUCUCUCUAUGGAAUUGCUCAACAAUAUGAAGUUGAAAGUGGAUUAAAUGUUAUAAUGUUUUCUUGUCCAGGAGUCUAUACAUUUUCUCCCAAUUACGAAUCAUUUGAAUAUCCAAAUAUGAUAAUUUCCUCAUUAUUUGCAUUCGUAAAUUUAAUCUUGGCUUGGAGACUGUUUUUGCUGUAUGAAAAGCAAAUGUAUGAAAAAGCUAACAUAGAAAUAAAUAAACAAGGUAGAUUUCAUGAAAAUGCUCAUUUUUGUUAUGAUGCUAAAGUUGGAUACAUUCUUGAUCAUCGUAAAUGCUGCAUUAACGGCUGCAAUAAUCCCGUUUCUUGGGCAACAAUCAAUAAUUUUAUUCGAAAAUGGAAAAUCGGGUUGUAUAUAUUUCUUGCAUUAUGGGUAUUCUUUGUUGCUGAUUUUGCUUUUUUGAUCAAGGAUGCAAGUUCUGCUGCUUCUAGUGGAUGGUAUUUUUGGUUAUCUACAA